CAGACAUCGCAAUCGAUUCACCUGAAGAAGAUCAAAUCAUGGCAAUGACAGCUCUCUUACUACUUGGCCUAAUCGCCGCCUGUUACGGUGCAGCAGUGCCAUAUUUAGAUCCAAGAAUCGUAAACGGACAGGACGCAAAGCCAGGAGAAAUACCAUACCAGGUCUCUCUUCAAGUAAAAGUAUCGGCCUUCCAUUUCUGUGGUGGUUCAGUUCUCAACGAGAACUACGUCAUUACUGCUGCUCAUUGUGUUGUCACUAAAACAGAAAAUGGAAUUCAAGUGGUAGCUGGUACAGUCAAUUUGAACAAACCAGGCUCUGUCCAUAAUGUUGCAAAAAUAAUCGUACACGAAAAUUACACUCCAAGUGAUUCUUAUAAGAAUGACAUAGCAUUGUUAAGGGUAGUCGAACCUUUCUCCGAAAGUAAACUGUUAUCUUCCGUACACCUGCCAUCAUCUCAUGACGUUAUCAGUGCCAAAGAUGUCGCAGUUGUUUCUGGAUGGGGUAGACUUUGGCAAGACGGUUCCACUACCAAGAAAUUACAACGCGUACAGAUUUACAUUGCUGAUCAAAGUUACUGCAGAAGCAUGUAUAAAAGAAUGGGCUAUGCUAUUCAUGAUUCCCAUGUAUGUGCUUAUGAUCCAAAAUCUGAAAAAGGAUCCUGUAACGGUGACUCUGGUGGCCCCUUGACCGUUAAUGGGAAACUCGUUGGUUUGGUUUCAUGGGCUAAGGCUUGCGCCCUUACAGAUUACCCUACGGUCUACACUCGUGUUUCCGAGUUCAGAAGCUGGAUAAAUGCUAACUCAAAAGCUUAAUUUCAAAUUCAAUGGAAAGAAA